UCUUAAAGCGACACACCCAACAAAACAUAACUAGGAACACCACAAAAAAGCCACAACUAUAAAACGUGUAUCUAAUGCUGAAUUGCAUAAAAAUGUUUUACUAUUAAACCAUCAUAACACUAGUGCGAGCAAUAGUGUUUUUAUUUUCAUCUACAAAAGUACGAGUAAAAAAACAUGCUACAUUGUACUUGGUCGUGAAGAGCCACCCUCUAAAAGUAUGUAUCCAAAGUAUCCAAUGUUCUUGACCCAUUCUACUUGACAUGUCACAUUAUUCGAAAAAGUUGGUUGCAUAGACAGGUAGAGACUGUGCUGUGGUUUUGAAGGUCAGAGAUACGAAAAAGACUCCUGACCCAUGACUCCCUGUGUUACCAUAGAGAGUCAUGUGGAAGAAGAUGCUUAGGUCUGAUGAGACCAAAAUUGGGCUAGAUCCAAAGUGCUAAGUAUGGCAGAUAACCAGCACUGAAAAUAAGUCCUGUAUAUAAUAUACCCAUUAAGAAUCACAGUGGUGGAUUCCUUAUGCAAUGGGGAUGUUUUUUUUCUCAGCAGGUACAGGAAGGCUGGUUGAAAUUGAUGGACAGAAGAUUAAUUUUUCUAAAUACAGAACAUUUCUGCGGGAAAAAAUGAUUAGAGGCUUCAAGACUUAACUUGAAGCCUGUAAUAGGUCGAGGUUCACCUUUCAGAAGCACAAUGCUCCUAAACAUAUACAGCAAUAAUAUAAAAAGGUAUAAUAAUAUAACAAUUUGCAUUUAAGCUUAUCCAUACAUCAGAUGUCCAUAUUAUGAUCAGUCAAUCUGGUGGAAGCUGAGCUAUUCUGAACAAAAGAUUGGGAAGAUGUUGAAAGUUGUUAGAGACACACAAGACUUAUAGCUAGAAUUGCAGAAAAUAAUAAUGCAAAGUAUCAACUCAAAGGGACUGAAUGCAGUUACAUUCCACACUUUUCCAAUCAUCAAUUGUGUUCAAAAUCAUGCUUUUAAAAGCAGUUAAAGUUCAAGACGUAUACAUAUUCGUAAAAUAAAUGCAUUAGUAUAGGCAGUUGAUUUGAAGUGAAAAGAGCAAGAUAAAACCCAUCUUUUUAGUCUCUUGCCAUCAGGUUAUUAACUUCCAUCUGUUGCAACAUCAGCCAAGGUGCAUGGCUACUGCAUUUGAUACAUAUUCGCCGCUUUCUCAUAUUUCCGUCUCUGGACUUGUUUCGCUCUGCAGACGCGCGUGUUUUUUCCCACGCUGCAACGGGCGACGCUUCCUCUUUAAUGUGAGCCACCGAGGACGGGAGAGUCGGGGAAGGGGGAGCGCAGAGGGAUAGGGCGAGGCGCGCAAGAAGCUUUUAGUAUGCGCUGCAAUGCCCAACUGCAGCCCACUCAUCUCAACUAUGAUGGAUUAGGGCGACAUAUGAGAAACUAGAAGACGAGCCGGCGGUUUAAAAAAAAAAAAAAAAAAACAAGAUAGUCGUGAUGAAAAAACAUAGUCGCUCUUCAGAUUGGGCAAAUGAUUGCUAAGGAGGACAGAGACUAAGGAGCAGAAGAAGAACGACCUGAAGGCAACUCAAAAAGAAGAUACAAACUGGAUUAAAAAAAAAAAUCCAUGCGUCUGCGCAACGAGAAAAAUCCCGGUGAAUUCCUGCAUGCGAUCCUCUCUGAAGCAACCCUGUAGUGCGAAGAUAAUGCUAUGCUGCUUUGUUUAGUGCAUGGAGACUGUUGUGGCUGUCCUUCCACACAGGAUGGGGCUGCAAAUGGCUUGAGCAUGUCUGGCACCUGUCGUUCCAAAACUAAUCCGAGUUUACCAAACAAGAUGUCCUUUAAUGUUAUGGUUAUCCCAGAUGCAUGAACCUACCCGGCUGCUUUAUCUUAAAAGUGAUGGGGUGGGGAGAAUCGUCCUUAUUAGCGAUUAAAUACGUCAUUGGAGGAUUGCGUGUCAGCUGAAUUGGUUGUGAACAUAAGCAUCCGCUUGUUAUGUGCAUCACUUGUGAUUUGUCAUGGAUAUUUCCAAUCAGAAUAAAAAAAAAAAAGAUGGUGAAAUGUACGUUGGGCUGGGUUAAAAAAAAUCAUAAUUGAAGAGUUAAUAAAUUGAAGAGUUAAAUAAACGCCGCGCAGGCGAAACAUGUUUGGGGAGCAAACAGGUGAUUGCGCCUAUAUCCGCUGGAGCAUGGGUGUCUGAAUGAAAAAUGCUGCCAGCAGCUCUUCCUGCUCAGCCUGCCUUCCUCAGUAGCCCACCUCUGCUGAUGAGGGGCUACAGAGGAUCACCUUGGCUGUUGCCGCCUGCCGCGUCGGCAUGUUGUUCUGGAGAAAGAGAGAGAGAGAGAGAGAGAGAAAGAGGGGUCCGCUUUUGCUGAUGACAGCAUUUUCAGACGAUCCUGAGUGAAAUCACCUUUCCCAGCGUCACCCAGCCACACAGCUUCAGUCUGUAGUACUUAUUUGCCCAGCAUGUUUCUGUUGGACGCAGAGACUAGGGGGGUAUAUCCUGCAUCCUCACACCUUGUCCCCCCUCCUGUAGUCCCGCUGCUGCCUUGAUGCAGAGGCGGAGUCAUCUGGGGACUGAAAACUCUUCAAAUACGGGCCCAUCUGUCAGGAGGGGAUUACUUUGGACCAAGCUCUUCACCUGAGCCAUUGUCAUCCAGCCCUUUUUGCAGGCAGAUCUGCCUGUGCCUGAUCGUACAAGUGUGCAGAGCUUUCACAUCUCCGCGGCCCUCCGUGGGCCCAACCUUUCUGAAAACUGCAGGCCCCAUCUUCUUCCGCCAUGACGGUCGCCAGCAGCGAUCCUGCGGACGAAGCAGCGACGCAUUCAGGUCAGCCUCACGAUCAGUACGAGCCGGAGCCGGACCACGAGUGUUGCGAGAGGGUUGUCAUCAACAUCUCAGGCUUGCGCUUUGAGACUCAGCUGAAGACUCUCUCUCAGUUUCCAGAUACCCUGCUGGGUGAUCCUAAGAAAAGGAUGAGAUAUUUUGAUCCCCUUCGAAAUGAGUAUUUCUUUGACCGGAAUCGACCGAGUUUCGAUGCCAUCCUGUACUAUUACCAGUCCGGAGGGAGGCUUCGCCGGCCCGUCAAUGUGACUCUGGACAUAUUUUCUGAGGAGAUCCGAUUUUAUGAGUUAGGUGAGGAGGCCAUGGAGAUUUUCAGAGAGGAUGAAGGUUUCAUAAAGGAGGAGGAGCGACCACUGCCAGAAAAUGAGUUCCAGAGACAAGUGUGGCUUUUGUUUGAAUACCCAGAGAGCUCAGGUCCAGCUCGAAUCAUUGCCAUCAUCUCUGUCAUGGUGAUUCUAAUAUCGAUCGUAAGCUUCUGCCUGGAGACACUGCCACUUUUCCGAAAUGAAGAUGAGGAGAUGUACAAUUACCCACUGCAGUCCAUGUCCAACUCCACCUCUACAUAUGACCCCUCAGCAUAUUUUACAGAUCCUUUCUUCAUUGUGGAGACCCUCUGUAUCAUCUGGUUUUCGUUUGAAUUCCUGGUUAGAUUCUUUGCUUGUCCAAGCAAAGCUGGAUUUUUCGGCAACAUCAUGAACAUCAUAGAUAUUGUGGCAAUCAUCCCGUACUUCAUCACCCUGGGCACAGAGCUUGCAGAGAGGCCAGAAGACAGCCAGGCUGGCCAGCAGGCCAUGUCCUUGGCCAUCCUCCGUGUCAUUCGUCUUGUAAGGGUUUUUCGCAUCUUCAAACUCUCCCGUCACUCUAAGGGGCUCCAGAUCUUAGGACAGACUCUAAAGGCCAGUAUGCGUGAGCUGGGCCUCCUUAUCUUUUUCCUAUUUAUUGGUGUAAUUCUCUUCUCUAGCGCCGUCUACUUUGCAGAAGCAGAUGAGCCGGAUUCACAGUUUAGCAGCAUCCCCGAAGCCUUUUGGUGGGCAGUGGUUUCCAUGACCACCGUAGGCUAUGGAGACAUGGUACCGACAACUAUUGGAGGAAAAAUCGUGGGCUCUCUCUGUGCUAUCGCUGGUGUGCUGACUAUUGCCUUGCCCGUGCCUGUUAUCGUAUCAAAUUUCAACUACUUCUACCACAGAGAGACAGAGGGCGAGGAGCAAGCACAGUAUCUGAACAUCCCAAGUGUGCCUAAAGCCAGUUCCGCCGAUGAUCUGAAGAAGAGCGGCCGAAGUGGGAGUGGAUCCACCCUCAGUAAGUCUGACUAUGUUGAGAUCCAGGAGCCUGUUAACCACAACACUGAGGACUUCAGACCAGAAGGCAAGAAAACAGGAAACUGCACUCUGGUCAACACUAAUUACGUAAACAUCACUAAGAUGCGUACGGAUGUAUAAUGUGACUUGCUAUGUAUGGUCAAUCAUUGCUGGCAUAGAGCAUAGCAGGAAGUUGAAUUUGUGCCUCUCUCUGCACAUGAAAUUUAGUACCAAGUAUUAGAACACAGAACAAAAUGAGAGCGAGAGGAACUGACGCGAAGUGUUGGUGGAGAAGAUCAUAUGUUCUCCUAUCAUACUAAUUAAACAGCGCACAUCGUAAAACUGCCAGUCAUCUUGUUUAGGGCAUUUUCCUGUCUGCAUGGAAUUAGUCUUACAGUAUAAACACUUUGUAACAGUGGUUGUCCUGCUUGGAUCAGUAGCCAACUAGUAGCCAAAUCAAUGAUAAUUCAUUAUAGCAACAUAAAGGGACCACUAGUAUGUACUAUAUAGCUUAAACUGCUCCAGAAAAAAUGGACAGUAAAGAUAAUUUUGGUGUUAGCUUUUUUUUAUAAAUUUGUAACCUAGCUUGUAAUUACAAAAGGCCUUUCUUGAGCAUUCAUGGGCAGCUUUAAUCCGCUCCUCUAGCUGCCGAGGCCCUGAUUCAAACAAAGACACAAUCACAAAUAUUUUGUUUGGAAUAUCCUCAUAUGAGCAGCAGCAGAGAGAGAGAGUGAGACAGGAUGUUAUAAUUGUGAGUUUUUUUUUUUUUUUUUUGUCCAAUUUAAUGCAUUCAGAAUCCAUCCCUUGGCUUUGUCACUUCCAGCAUAAGCUAGAGGUAGUGUGGUAAAGAGCAAUUGUAUGGCUAAUUUGGGCUGAUAAUCAAACCAACUCCCACAAGCAGAAGAGUAAAAGAAAUGUGCCUCUGACCAAUGAAAAAGCUUAGUUUGUAUAUUUUUUAUUUUUUUUAUUGCGUUAGAUAGAUCUCUCAUUUGGAAAAUAUUUUGACUGUAUUGCUCAGAGUGACUGCCUGUUUAUUCAUUUUCUGUGACUGUAGGGGAGAGUGGGGCAGAAUUUAACAUGCUCUUCUUUGCUUCUAUGGUCAAUUAUAUUCUUUUUUAUUUCAACGUAUUCAAUUUUUCAUGCUACAAAUGAACAUUCGAGUUCUGUUCUAGAAACGUACUGUUUUUUUUGGGGUUUUUUUACACAUAACUGAAAGACAGAAAUUACACAACUUACCCAAUAGGUGCUGUAAAUUGUUCUGCAAAUCUCCUUGGUUUUAAUCGGGAGCUGUCUGAAAAUUCGAGGGCAUUUUUAUCAGACAUUGUCUACAAAAUGACUGGAAGUACACACCACUUCACCCGCAGCGACUACAUAAAAUGUCUGUUUCAAAUAACCUGUUAGGACUUGCCCCAUACUCACCAAGCUAUAAAUGUCCGUGAAGUUAGAUUUUGACACCACUGCCAACAUAAAUCUUUGUUGUUCUGGACUUCGUAUCAUUCCAAGUUAGAAAGAGAUUAAGGAGGAAACUUUGAUAUAUUCUGUACUUUACCUUGACGCUGAUGAAAGCAGAUAAAUAUCAUAUGUGUGAUUUUGGGUAUUUAUGCUAUUGCCCUCAAAGCUAUUGCUUUAAGAACUACGUACAAAAUAAUGAGGAGGUCGAGCAAGAUUACUCAGUGUGAUAAUGUCCUUCAUUUACCUGCAGUGUCAGCUUUUUGUUGUUAGAGUGUAAGAAACAAUGUUUAUUGAUGAUUUACACAGAAGCUUUCAGCAGCACUGUAGCCGCAGUGGAAAAUAAUGACACUAAUUAUUUGACUUUAUGUAACGUUUAGUCCAUCAUACCUAAUUUCCCCCACAAUUUCUCUCCCAAGCAAUAAAUCCAAAUUAGUGGACUACCUUAUUCUGGAACAAAUCACAUUUAGGCAUCUAUUUCCUGUUAUACAGAUGUAAGAUACCAUGUUGGUUAGUUAGUUAGUGUAUCUUAGGCUGCAAAAACAUACGCCAAUGAGGCAUAACAUAAUAACCACUGACAGGAGAAGUGAAUAACACGGGGUUUCGUCUCUGUGGCACCUGUUUGCGAGAGGUAUAUAUUAGGCAACAAGAGAACAUUUCUCCUAAAAGUUAAGGUGUUAGAAGCAAGAAAAACGUGGCAUUCAUAAUGACUGAAGUGAGUUUUGACAAGGGCCCAGUUGUGAUGGCUCGUGCAGCUUCUGAGGGCUGUUCUGGUCUGUGGUGGUCAGUAACUAAAAAAAGUGGUUCACUGAAGGAUCAACGGUGAACCAGUGAAGAGAAUGUGCAAUGCAGGCUGAUCCAACAGAUGAGCAGUUGUAGCUCAGUUUGCAGACAGCUUGUGUGCUGCUUAUGCAGGCCAGCCUCUCGUAAGAAACAAUUUGGCACGUACCCCAAGUCUGCAUGAAUUUUAUGUUGCACAUUUGUUUGUUUUGUUAUACACAAGGUGAAGUUAAUAGAUUUCCAUUUUCAGUACUGGCCAGUCAAUGAGCUGGACGUCCUUCUCCUUUACAGUUUGUUUCUUGGUUUGAGAUCAUUACGGCAACGCCACCUCAAAGAAGCUGAUGUUGCAGCUGCAUGAUGUCUUCCCUGCGGUUUGUUCUUCUUUCAAAAGUGCGGAGUGAAAGUUAACCAGAAUGAAUGAAGAUUUAAACAUUCUUUUCAUUUGUUGUCUAAUGAAACCAAAGUCCCCCAGACUCUUGUUGUGAAAGCACCUUUAAAGGAUCUACUGCUAACACAUUGCUACCAGAUACACCGCACACCUUCAGGGGUCUAGCAGAGUCCAUGCCUCAACAAGUAAAGGCUGUUUUGCUCACAAAACAGUCCCAAAUAGAUUUAAAUAGAUUUAAAAAACUAGAAUCCUUAUUAGGCCCUAAUGUUAUGCCUGAUUGUUGUAUUUAUCGCGGUUGUUAUCCCAGUGUCCUGUUAGCUCAGCAGCCAUUGCAUCAGUCUAUUAAGCAUAAAUGUGGUAAUGUAUUUCAGGCAGGGUUGCUUUUGCUCUUCCUCCUUAACUGAAAUUCUUUGUAGGACUGCAUGUGUUUAAAAGUUGUAGCAUGACCUAUGGUGCUUAACAUUUGAUUAUUAAAUUGACCUAACUAUAUUUGAAUUGCCCCAGAAGUACUGACACUAGGGUCACAAUCCAUUUCAGGAGAGAGUGCUGCGCAUCAGUGAGUCGCUAUGAACCUACGGGUAAUUCAUGAGAGGAAACAGGGAGAGCAUGAUAGCUGGUGAAUAUGGGAAUUACAAGUUAUUCUGAUGUUUAGUCAAGGAGUUUAAAACCACUGCUGGAUGUUAGAUUCUCAUUCUUUUUUUCUCUCUCUGCAAUUCAGUGUCAUACAGUCUGUCAAAAUAAAAGCACAACAGCUACUACCUGCUGCCAGCCUAAUGGAUGCAAUGAGAUUCAUGGUGGGUCAGUCAAAGUUUUUGCUCAGCUGAGUGUAUUAUAAUGCUCUAAGGAAACGUCUGAGUGCUCCUCUCGCUGACGUACCGCUCCAUCAAGCUUGGUGCGCGUAGUGUAUCUGUAUCUGUGCAUGUGUGCGUGUUCAGGGGAGAGCGAGGGAAAUGGAAGGCUUUCAGACACACAUAAGCCGACCGUUGAGCUUUUAGAGGCAACAUUGUAGCUGGCCCUGUUAACUGCAAGCUCAAAUGACAUCGGUGGUCAGCGCGUUCUAAUGUAUCCUCGCGUACCAUUUCUAUCCCGUGUACUGUAUAGAUACAGCACAUGCAUAUAGUAAAUCAAAAAUGGGAACACUGAAAGAUUGCCCUGUGACUUUCUGGAGGUGUCCUUCACAGGCGUGUGUUGACUGCUGGGACAAGCUAAGGUGUCCGCCAGGGGCCUAUAUCACAGGAAACGGGAGAAAAAUGUCAGGAAGAUCUGUCUGAUAAUGGGGAAAAAAAAAAAAAAAACACUGCCAACACCCCAGUUUCCUUUUUUUUUUCUGUUCACUGUUUUGUGCUUAUUUAUCUGAACUGUCUGUUGUGGAACUCCUAUGUCACUUUAAGCCUGGCCCUGAACACUGCUCUUUCAGUUCUCGUUACCAAGCACACAACUGAAGUGACAUGCUGCCAAUACAAAACCUUUCUCCCGGAGAAUCCAACGGGAGGUGAGGACUGGAUGCGAACUGCAGAAAACACCGCCAGAGGAUAUUUACACACACAAACGGACCAUUUGAACGCGUAUAGCUUGUGUACUCGUGUGUACAUACACUGCCUGUGGGAAAUGAUUCUAAUGGACAUGCCUGACCUCAGGAUGGAAAACCUAUAUGUGGCUUUUGCUCAACCUGAAGGCCAUAAAGGACUCAAACGUGCUGCUGAUGGGGUUGCACUCGCGUAGCCAUGCUAAUGUAUCUAAAACUUGCAGCUGCUUUCGAUGAUGUCUUCUGUCUGAAAACACGUAAAUCUUUUGUCAUGUAUAGACUCCCUUGUGUUAGGAAACUGAGACAUAUGCUGCUGAUCUAAUCCAAAUUUAAGGGAUAUAUACUAUAAAUAUAUUAGAAUUUCUAUGAAAACUGAACUAAUGUGCUACCAGAAAAAAAAAAAUAUUUCACCAUGUUUGUCUGUUUGAAUGUCAUCAAAUGAAACGCAGCGACUGAGGUUUGUCAAAAAUACACACACAGGCCUUGUUCAAAUACUUUGUGUCUUAAUAUGUCUACUUUCUAUACCUUGAGCCAACUGUGUGACAUUCAUGAAAGUAUGUUCUUCUGGACCCUGUGACUUCUCAGCCAUCUGUGUAACUGCUGUCUUUCACCAGUUUGGCAAAUACUGAACCAUGAGACACACUGUAUUUUGUUGCCUAAAAGAAUUAUCUGUCUGAAUGCUCGCCAUGCUCUUUACAGGGAUUUUUGAUUGACAUAAAGAUGGUAGUCUGGAA